CAAGUCCGGAUGACGUGCCGGGAACGGGGGUGGGGGGUCACGUGGGGCGCGGGCGGCGAGACUCUGAGCCCAGGGCGCCCCUCGGCUGCUGGCUCCCGGCCUUACUAUCCCUUGCCCCUGUCGUCUGCGACAAGGUUUCUGUCUAGUGCGUUGCCAGGUGCCUCUGGACGCGCCAGGCUGGGGCUCCCUCCGAGCGCCCCGUGGGGGCCAUGGAUGGCGAGACAGCAGGGGAGAAGGGGAGUCUUGUACCCCCACAGGGUGCGCUCGGUGGGCCCGCCUUGGGCGGCGCUCCGGCCCCGAGUGUGCGACGGGAGCCCAAGAAGUACGCGGUGACUGACGACUACCAGUUGUCCAAGCAGGUGCUGGGCCUCGGGGUAAACGGCAAGGUGCUGGAGUGCUACCACAGGCGCACUGGGCAGAAGUGUGCCUUGAAGCUCCUGUACGACAGCCCCAAGGCCCGGCAGGAGGUGGAGCACCACUGGCAGGCCUCAGGCGGCCCUCACAUCGUGCGCAUCCUGGACGUGUAUGAGAACAUGCAUCACGGCAAGCGCUGCCUCCUUAUCGUCAUGGAAUGCAUGGAAGGUGGUGAGUUGUUCAGCAGGAUUCAGGAGCGCGGUGACCAGGCUUUCACUGAAAGAGAGGCUGCAGAGAUAAUGCGGGACAUUGGCACUGCCAUCCAGUUCUUGCACAGUCAGAACAUCGCCCACCGGGAUGUGAAGCCUGAAAACCUACUCUAUACAUCCAAGGAGAAGGAUGCUGUGCUUAAGCUCACUGAUUUUGGCUUUGCCAAGGAAACUACCCAAAAUGCCCUGCAGACACCCUGUUACACUCCCUAUUAUGUGGCUCCUGAGGUCCUGGGUCCCGAGAAGUAUGACAAGUCAUGCGAUAUGUGGUCCCUGGGCGUCAUCAUGUACAUCCUUUUGUGUGGAUUCCCACCUUUCUACUCCAACACUGGCCAGGCCAUAUCUCCAGGGAUGAAGAGAAGGAUUCGCUUGGGCCAAUAUGGUUUCCCCAAACCUGAGUGGUCAGAGGUCUCUGAAGAUGCCAAGCAGCUAAUCCGCCUGCUCCUAAAGACAGACCCCACAGAGAGGAUGAACAUCAUGCAGUUUAUGAACCAUCCUUGGAUCAAUCAAUCAAUGGUGGUCCCACAGACCCCACUCCACACAGCCCGAGUGCUACAGGAAGACAAAGACCACUGGGAUGACGUCAAGGAGGAGAUGACCAGUGCCCUGGCCACCAUGAGGGUAGACUAUGACCAGGUGAAGAUCAAGGACCUGAAGACCUCUAACAACCGGCUCCUCAACAAACGGAGGAAAAAGCAGGCGGGCAGCUCAUCAGCCUCACAAGGAUGCAAUAACCAGUAACUCAGGAGGCCUUGGAGGAGCCAGAAUGACAGACUGCAAUGUCCUGAGGCUCUGGCCAGGGGGGGCCGGAGUCAUUCUUAUAACAAAACAAUAAUUCUGUUGUCUUAAUACAUCACAUUCAACUUGAGGAUGAAGAGCUUGGCCCAAGAGUCCCAGCCUAAAUCUCAGGCUCUAGAAAGCUGCUGGGUCUCAGGGAUGGGGAGCCCUCUGCUACAGCUGAAGCAUCUUUGUGGCUUGCUUGGCUGAGGGCACAGCUCUGUUCUGUCUUAAGACAUAGCCUUACUUCUAGGCCACUGGGAGUUGUGGCGGACCUAAGGCUUUUUUUUUUUUUUUUUUUUUUUUUUCCUACAAAGCCAUAUCCUGCUGUGUGGGCAGAUGGGUCUGGCCUUGAGAAAGGUAUCAGGCCAUUGGUUGCUAUGGCGACCAGAGGCCAUGUUGCUGUCUGUGAAUACAAAGGAGGAAGGAGGGACAAUCAAGGGUCUACCUUCUUGGGAAGGUUUGUCUCUCAUACACUGGCUGCCCCUCCCCAGGCUCGCUUCUUUUUGGUCUGCCAGAGGCUGCAGAGCCCAGCUUGCUUACUUCCCUGGGUGGCCUAGCCAUGCCUUACUGUAGCACCAGCCCAUAUGACACCCAGAGAGAUCCACUCUGUCUGGGGCCAAGCAUCCUGUCACUACCCCCUUACCCAAAAGGGAACUUUUCAUCUCAAUUGAAGGUGUGGGUAUGUGUGUUGGGGGCGGGUAUCCUUAACCUUUUUCCAUUUUGGAAAACUUCACUGUGACAAAAGCCCCCCCAUCUUUUACUGCUCACCGGGUCUCAGGUAGGAUAGCCCCUGACUGCUGAUAGCACGGGCUACCUUUGGAUAUACUUUGUGAAGGGGAGAGCUUGGCUCCCUGUUAUCCAGGACCUCUUUCUGUACUCUGAUCAGGCCUGAGUGGUGAAGGGCUGCUGGGCCAUGCUUCCAAGGUCUGGUCCUGGCUUUAGCCUGAGCUGGAGCAGAGAGGGUCCUUCUUGGCUGACUCCACAUUUAGCCAGCUCUUCCCUGCCCUGCCCUGCCCUGCCCUGCCCUGCCCAGCCCAGUCCAGGUUAGCGUCCAGGCGCUGGGUGCUUGAUGGGUGAGCUGACAAGUGCCUGGCACCCAGCCUAGUUCCUAGAUCCUGGCCUUUCUCUCUGGCUGAGAAACCUUAGGUCUUAUCAGUUAGAACAACGCUGCUGGAUUUUACAUCCAGAUAUUAAUAAACACAUUUUUAACAUUUUUCCAAUGA